AUGGUAAUAAAGCAAGUAUCCUUGAUCUGGUUGUGUUUCUUGUCUCAUACAAUACUUUCGUCGAUCACGCGCGACUUCAUUCAACUUGGCAACGAGGACAAAUCAUCACCACAUCCCAGACGCUUACAUGACUUCUUACACACGAAUAAUGCUAAGAAUCCGGAUGGAACAGUUACUCUUUUAGACCAGCUAGACAACACAGCCGGAUCUACACGUGCACGUGAAGUGAUUGUGCUUGAUGACUCAGAUUCAAAUUCAGAUCCUGGACCAAGCCUAAAGUUUUUCAGCGGGCCCAAUGCACAGAAAAAACGUGACAGGGAGCACGGAACGGCGAUUCCCUCAAGCAAAGCUAAAAGGAUUUCAAAAAACAGUUCACGGUUAGAGACGGGUUCAAUCAAUCCAGAAAAGGCCUCUCAUCCGGGUCUUGGACAAAGCUACAAGGCCCUGCGCGCAGUCUCUAGAUUUAUUCCUACCAUGGCUUCUCGAGCACAGGACCAAAUCAAAGCUCAUAAAGAUGUUUUUGAUGAUAUGUCUGGUGUGUGGACAUACGUCGAUUCCAUGAUCAAACCAAUCCUAGAACAUAGCCUGCCAGGUGCAGAUCCCCAGGCCCAUGAAAGUCUGACGUCGUGGAAAUUCAAAAACAUCAUUUUUCCACUCUUUAUUGACGGCAUUAUACGAGUUCAAAUGGAACUCGACAAAGGUAAAGAAUAUAUGCUGCAACGCGAUACAGCUAUAAAGGCCAACUUCUUCUUCAAACGGGAAGUAAUCAUGGCAUUGGGCAAGUCGGCAGAACGGUGGAACUUGAAGCCUUAUGUUAUAAAUGACUUGCAUCGAUUCCGUCAGGGAUGGGAUGAUGUGAAGAUCGAUGGCAAAGAUAGCAUGAUACUUGUAUGUGAAUUUACGAGUCCAUAUGACCAAUUUCUGUUGAUAGCUUGGAAGUUGGUUGAGAAGUGGGUGUCAGGAUAUAAGCCAGAUUGGAGGGCAAGAUUGGGUGUAAACAAAGUAGAUGAUCUGUUCAAGAUCCAUAUCAAAGCUUUGAUCAAUGAACACAAGGAACCAAUCAAGAUGCAUGAAUAUGAGCAGAACUUUGGAUGGCCACAAUCAACAUACACAUUGAGGAAGGAAUACAUCAUGCAACAUACAAGUCCAAACUUAAAUGUCAAUAGUCAGAUGCAAAAAUCUGUAAGGCCACAGAAUCAACAGGGUGGUCAAUCACCAGAGGAUCUUCACUACUUGUCACUUCAACUGAAGCCUCAAAAUUCAGCCACAUCCACCAUGUUCAAUGUACUUUCUCAACAAAAACAAAGUUCACCUCUAGUAGACUACACAUCAAGCUUCCAACCCGCCACCCUACACAGUACCAACCCACAUCAAACCAGCCCCAUCAAUGAGAAACUAUCCCUGAAUGAUUGGGGCAGUGUUUCUGAAAAAGAGCUCAACUACUUGACUUUGGCCUUAGGUCCCAUGCACAAUCAUGAAGUGUUGGAUGGGAUGAUUGAUGGGCAUGACCACAUCAUUCAUGCUACUCCUUCUGUCUCUUCCCACUCUGGGCCUUCUGGACCUGAGAUUCCAAAUUCACCACUUCUGUCAGGGGUUUCAAUGUUGAGUGAUCAUCUCUCAUCAGAGGAACAAGAUGCUGUGGUUGGACUCACAGCUCUUGGCCACACAUCUUUGGCAGAGAAUGGGCCCACAUACCGUGCUGAACAUGUUGAAGGAGCACUUGAUGACAUCAAGAACUUGGUUUUAGACCACUUUAAGGUUCAUCCUGUCAAAAACAUCUAUCAAGCAGCACAAAGGGAAAAGUUGAUGGUUGACUACAAUAAUGUCAUCAAAUGUCUCCGGGCUGCCCGUAUUCCAAGAAGCUCCAGAGAAGGUGUCGUGAAAGAAGUAUUAAGGUGA